UAAACAGAGAGGGGAAGGGACCGUGCCAUGCCAAAGACAGACGUAGAUAAAGACGAGUUUGAGGACAAGCAGGCAGGAGUCCAGUUGAACGUCUUGGCUGAGCGCCACACAGGUUGAUUCUCCACCACCACAACAAGGAGAAGCUGGGGGAUAGAGAACACAGGAAAAUAGGAUAUAGAAGAUAUCAUAGCCAGAGCACUGCUGUAGACCAGAAGAAGUGCCUUUUUGUCCAGUUUCCAACUUUCUACAGAGCUGACACUGAGUAAGUAUUGAUUGGAAUUAAACAUUUGAAAAUAUUUAUCAGUUUUUUUUUUACCUCUGUAACCAAAAUACUUUAUAAUUUAAAGGAAAAUUGGGAAAUGAUUUAAUCUCAGCAUAUAGAUUUAUGGAAUUUUUUUUUUCUAAAUGCUUAAAAAGUAGCUAUUGCAGGUUUGAAAAUUGUUACCCUUUCCUUAUUUUGACAUUCUGAAUGCACUUUAAUCUGCAUCUAAACUCACGGUCCUUGGGGCAGAGGGGAUGUUCUCCCAGGGCAUUGACAAAUGUUUUUAUUCUUUGUACAACAAACUCUUAAAUCUGCCGCUCAGAUGAGGGAUGCUUAAUGCACAUUUGUGUAGUAAAGCUUACCUCAGCAUCCCUGGUAAUAAUAAAUCCCAGGUAACAAACAACAAGGACUAUAUUGCACUUUUUGUUGUAUUAUCCUGAUCUUGGGAGUAUUGCAAAGACAAAAAUGCUUGCAUGCAUCCAGUUUUAGGGCAAACUAUUGUGGUGUCACAGUUGUGUAACUUUGAGCCUCUGGCUGAUUUCUUCUUCUCUCUCCCCACAGACGGAGUCCUGACCAUGAGAAGUGUGCGUGUAUGUUUCUGUCUGGCUCUGCUGCUGCCUUGGUGUGUAAGGAGCAGUCCUGCUCUUGCAAAACUUGAUCAGGACACACAGAGGGAUGUGCUGGCUGUCGACAUCCUGAAUCGCAGUGGUGUGUUGAACUCAUUGCUCCGCUCUGAGCAUAACAUGACGCUCCGGCGAGUACGAGCACCGCGCCCAGCCUCCCAGGUGCCAAAAAGGGCUCAGCAAGGGUCCCGCUUUGCCCUGUCUCUGGAUGUUCCCACGAGCAUCCUCAGUGUCCUCAUAGACCUGGCCAAGAACCAGGACAUGAGGACCAAGGCUGCUGCCAAUGCAGAACUGAUGGCACGAAUAGGCAAGAGGAAAUAAAGAUCCGGGGGAGCUUUUAGCAGCUUGAUGGACAAAAUCUUACCCUACAACUUCCUUCAGUGUGAGCUUGGCUCCUAAAUACCUGAGUAGACACAGUGUCACUUCAGUCAAUAACUGUUCUGUAGAGCUUAGAUCUGUUUUACUUUUAUACCACCGUCCAUGGACUAAAUCUAAACAGGAGUCCAAUAAAACUGUUAGAAAACAUGAAUGAUAAAACACAGACAAUAUUUAACAAUGUAAGAUGAAGCUGGUCUUUUGUCUCUCAAAUAAAUCACUCAUGGUCAGAAA